AUGUCCGUACCACCGCACCGCAGCUGUACCACAAUACAUACCCCCGGCUUUAGCGCGCUAACAAUCGAGCAGCGUGGUCAGGAUGCCGCGGGCAUCACUGUAUCCCAGGGCGGACGAGUAUACCAGGCGAAAGGAAACGGUUUAGUCUCGAAAGUCAUGAGCGAUGGAGCCCGCCUUCAACGCUUGCCCGGAAACCUCGGUAUCGGCCACCUCAGAUACCCGACUGCCGGAACCUCCUCUGCAUCCGAGGCGCAACCCUUUUACGUGAACACACCAUUUGGCAUCUGCAUGAGCGUCAAUGGAAACCUUAUCAAUAUCGAGGAACUCCGCGAGUUUCUCGACGUCGAGGCGCACCGACACAUUAAUUCCGAUUCCGACUCAGAGCUUCUACUCAACAUAUAUGCCCAUGCGCUCACCGAACUCGGCAAGUCUCGCGCUAAUACCGAAGACAUCUUCACCGCCCUCCGAGCCGUAUACGAGAAGUGCAAGGGAGCCUUUGCUUGCACUGCGAUGAUUGCUGGUUUUGGUAUUCUCGGGUUCCGAGAUGCGAACGGCAUUCGACCUCUUUGCAUCGGAUCCCGGCCCUCUCUUACAUUAGAAGGAGCCACCGACUACUUUAUGGCCUCCGAGUCCGUUGCUCUGAAGCAGCUCGGCUUUAAAAAUAUCCGCAACAUCAAGCCGGGCGAGGCCGUCUUUAUCCAAAAGGGAUGCGCACCCAUCUUCCGGCAAGUCGUCGAGCAGAGGACCUAUAGCCCUGACCUUCUGGAAUAUGUUUACUUCGCUAGGGAGGACUCGGUCAUGGAUGGCAUUUCCGUGUAUCGUAGCCGACAGAACAUGGGAAUCGAGCUAGCGAAGCAGAUGAGGCAGGUUUUGGGCGACAAGGUUAUCGACGAGAUUGAUGUUGUUGUUCCGGUCCCUGAGACGAGCAACACUUCAGCGGCGGCUCUCGCUGCGCAACUGAAGAAGCCGUACUCGAAUGCAUUUGUGAAAAAUCGAUACGUUUUCCGGACGUUUAUCCUUCCUAACCAAGGACUGCGGAAAAAGAGCGUCCGCAGGAAGCUCUCGCCCAUCGAGUGCGAAUUUGAAGGGCGUAAUGUUUUGGUUGUUGAUGACAGCCUUGUUCGAGGCACCACUUCUCGAGAAAUCGUGCAAAUGGUCCGAGAGUGCAAGGCAAAAAAGGUCAUUUUCGCCAGCUGCUCACCAGAGAUUGCGAAUCGGCAUAUUUACGGCAUUGAUCUGGCUGAUCCGCAGGAACUUGCCGCCUAUGGCCGGACAACAGACGAAAUCGCGGACUACAUCCAAGUCGACCAUCUCGUCUACCUGAGCCUAGACGGCCUAAAGACGGCCUGUCUGGAUGCGGCCGAGAAGGACAGCGGGGUGGACGACUUCGAGGUCGGCGUGUUUAAUGGCAAGUACGUGACGGGCGUGCCAGAGGGCUACUUCGAGCGCCUGAGCGCGCUGCGGCAAGGAGGAAAGAAGCGGAAAGCCGCCGCGGCCGGCUUGACGAUAGUUGGCGCGACGGAGCCGGCGGAGGACUCGGCGGUGGUGGCGAACAGCGGGCCUGUGAACACUGCUAGCCCAGAUUACCGAGAGGAUAUCAGCAUCUACAACUUUGCAAACGAACUUCCCGAGGAGCGGUAA